AUGAACUACCACAAUUUGACACAAAUUGCUGCAAUCUCCUCGUCCUUUUGGCUGUCAGGCGAAAUAUUUACCUACUCUUGGGGCGCAGUGCCUGCAGUCUUGGAGGCCUGUCCAACCUCCCAGCAUUUAGCUGCAAAACAAUGGGUUGCAUUCUAUCAUAGGGGGCAUGCGUUAGGGCCACCUCUCGCCAUCCUCGGAGCAGGGGGCUUUAUUUGGUUGGCUUUGAAGUCGCAUUGUUCGUUGUACUGGGGGGCUGCAAUCCUCGAUAUUGGUAUCGUUCCAUGGACCCUCCUUUUCAUGGUACAAACCAACUCCCGCAUAUUCGAGUUUGCGAAUGUGAAAGACUCGUCGGAAAAGCCGGUCCGUGAGGAAACGCAACUGGCUCCCUUGCUGAACAGAUGGGCGGGUCUCAAUACAAUUCGCUCGCUUUUCCCAUUUGCUGGUGGUAUUCUUGGAUUGAUAGCAGCCUUGUGCUAA